AUGAUGAGCAGGGAAUACCUGGGUGUCCUUCUAUGGCUGCUUACGAACAUUAUUACGGGAGCCAGGAGCCAGGGCCUACCUCAGGCGCUGUCGAUGCCCUCCGUGUACGGCAGCCGCGCCUUUAUGUCUGAGAACUUGGAACUCAAAGAUACGGUAGGGGGACUGUUUAACAAUCAGACAAUGCAUGAGCUAGCCCCGAUAAAUUGUAGUAUUGUGCCCGGAGCACGUAAUAAGCUGGAGUUCAACGUUAGCACCCUAUCAUCCGGUAUUUCGACUGCAUAUGAGGUUUUAACGCUACUGAGCGGUAACAUAUGUUGGCGACCACUCAAUACAACAGGACAAGUCCUGCGGGUGUAUUACUCGUUCAACAAAACAACGCUGGAUGACCUCAGUGGGGCCGAAGCCGCCGACUUUGCCGAGGGCUACAUGGAGGCGCUCGCUGUGCGACCCUAUCAGGUUGAUGAUAACCAAACCGACCCCUAUUCGACCCUGUAUCUGGUGUCCCUAUUGGUCGACUCUGAGACGGGGAAGCCCCUUCCUGCUGCUGCGGCAAAUCCGGAACCGUGGCAUUAUAGGCUCUCCAUCUCUCAAAAUGAUCUGGGGUUCCAAUGGGAUAGCAGGCCGUGGAUUGAAGUCAUUGAUACAGAUUAUAACUCUGCAUUGCUAAGCACGGGGAACUUGGGGCCAGCCAGUGAUGACAAGGGCAAGCGCAAGUACGAUCCCGAUCUCUACGAUCUAUACCUCUACUCAGUCGAGCACAUUGAUACCUUCAACGGACUUUCGAGGUCCUAUUGUGCCGUUAGUGGUGGCCCCCGUUUGAUCCGAUCAAGCUCUAGUGAUUAUACAGAGCGUCCCAAUAGCACUCUCUCGAAUCCUUCUCUGAAGAUAACGAAAUCGUUGGUCGAACAGGUCGGCCAAGUCAGAGAGCAGUUCCACAUUACGGGUCUCAAUAGUUCGACCACGUAUGUGGCAUACCUUACAAUGAGAGUUUCCUCUGCCACGACAGGUAUAGCGGGCACUAUAUUCCAGAAAACUGUUUUUAGUACGAUGGAAAAUGAUGCAUGUUCCCUGAUCUUUGGUUUGGACUUCUGCAAGGGUGUUGCAUACUCUGUGCCCACGUCCUCGCUCCAGAAUAAGGAUAAAACCCUUAUGGCGGGCGCAUACGAUGCCAUUGCGAGCUCGUUAUAUGCCAAUUUUUCUCUCGCACUACAGCUAAUUCCUUGUGAUGAAAGUACUGAAUCUAGGUAUUCUCCAUUGAGACACUGUGAGGAUUGCGAACAGUCUUACAAGAGUUGGCUGUGUGCAGUAACUAUACCUCGAUGCACGAGCAGGCCGAAAGAAAACUAUGUUGCUCGAGAUAGUGACGAUAACAGAAAUGCAUUAAUUAACGAUAAGAUUAAACCUGUCAGCAACUAUUAUGAGAUUCUCCCAUGCAUAGAUAUGUGCCAUCAAAUGGUGCGCGAUUGUCCAUCUUCCUUUGGGUUUUCAUGUCCAAGUCGAUCGAAAUUCCCACAGCUGGCGCAUCGCAGUUACCAGUCAUACUCUAAUGUUUCGGAAGCAUUGAAUUGCAAUUAUAUCGGUAAUGCGGAAAUAAUCUCUACGUAA